AUGAAGAUCCAAACGAAUGCCGUCAAUGUUUUAGAUCGCACGUCAUUUUACCUACAGGCUGGGCUUUUGAAGAAGACGCCUGCAUGGUACAAUGUCGUAGCCAGGAUCCCACCUGUGACCAAGUUCGCCAGAGAACCGAAGCUGCAUGACCCAGUUAGCGGCAAGUACAAGGGCGAGCUGGAUAUAAUGACGGAUAGAUUAAACAGAAACACAGAGACGUACAAGACACGCGCUGGGAGUUCCGACCGGCAGACGGCCGCGGUGCACAAGCCUUCUAAGCUGCGGUUUAUCGAGGACAAGCUGCGGUCGCUGUUUUUCCAGCAGCAUCCCUGGGAGCUGUCGCGGCCGAAGGUGCUGGUGGAGAACAUGGGAAAUGAGCAGUACGACUGGUCGCGGAUGUUGCAGCUAGGCAAGCCGCUUGACGGUGAGUCUGUGGUGCAGCGGACGCUGUAUCUGCUGAAGUCGGGCGCGCACCGGGAGAUGCUGGCGGCAUACGACCAGGCGCGGUUUGAGUUCUAUCGUCUGAGGAUGCAGCAGGAGCUGGAGGAGCAAAUAGCGUACGAGGAGGCCACGAUGGUUGGCGCUGUGUUCAAGACAACCGCUGUGGAGCACGGUCUGCAGCAAGAGCAGAAGGUCCUCGACAAGUGGAAGGAGGACGUGGUUGCGGGGUUGCAGCUGAUGUCUGCGAAGAAGAACUCUACAAAGCAGUCGUGGGCCGAAGCCACCGAGGAAAAGGAGGAGCAGGACAGUGCCGAACCCGAGGAGCUCAAGCUGUGA